AUGGCAGCAGGGGCGAGUAGCGGCAGGCUUCUCAGAGCGACCACCGCCAAGGCCUUACACCCUGACAGCCGUCUUCCGUCCUCGUCCUCGGCGGCCUCCGGCCACACCGCCAGCCGGCCGUGCCGCAUCCCGUCUCUGAAGUUCCCGUCCCUCUGGGAGACGACCGGGAGGCACAAGAUGAACCGUGCCGCCGAGCAGAGGGCGGCGCUGAUCACUUUGGGAGCAGCCACCGCUAGCACCGUGGAGGAGAAACGGCGCGGGCUGCGCCUGCCGGGAGAAGCCAACAGCGUAGAACUCCUGCUGCCCCUGGCGUACGAGGUCGCGAGGAGGCUGGUGCUCAGGAAGUUCGGGGCGACGUGGCUGUCGCUGCCUCGGCGGUGCUGGGCCAAGGUCAUCGAGGCCGUCAUCCAUCAGGGCGUCGUCAGGUGCCAGUCGUUCACGCUCAUCGGUGUGGCCGGAUCGCUUCUCGGUUCAGUCCCAUGCUUUCUCGAGGGCUGCGGCGUUGUCGUGGAGUCUUUCAUCUUGCAGUUCCGUGCCAUGUCACAGGUAGUAGACCAAGCCGAGAUCAUCAAGCUGCUCAUCGAAGCACUAGACAUGUUCCUGAUUGGCACAGCUCUGCUGACCUUCGGCAUGGGGAUGUACGGCAUGUUCUACGGCUCCCAGAGCGCCGUCCAGAAGCCCAUUUACCAGAAGCUCAAGGAAGGGGCGAGGCUGCAGUCCAUCGUGCAGGCCAAGUCGCGGUUCGGCCACGCCAUCCUGCUCCUGCUCCAGGCCGGCGUCCUGGAGAAGUUCAAGAGCGUGCCGCUCGUCACCGGCCUCGACAUGGCCUGCUUCGCCGGGGCGGUGCUCGCCUCCUCCGCCGGCGUCUUCCUCCUCUCCAAGCUCUCGGUGCGCCCGCAGCGAUGCAAGCGCACCUCAUUCGCGUGA